AUGGCAUUGAAUCCAAACAGUAAUUUGUUGCUUGACGCCGGUUAUUAUCAAGCUCAUUCACUCAGUCAGACGGUGUCAACGGAUCAUUUAGUACAUUCUAUUGAAAGUAUGUCGUCAACUGCAUGUCGAGCAUCAUCGACUCAAUCACUACAAACAACAUCUUCCCAAGAAACGCCAUAUACAACUCCAACGCCAACGCUAGCAACAUUAACAUCAAAUCCAUGUUUUCCAGAAUUUUGUACACCACAAGUUUCAACUAUGGAUAUUCCUUCUCUUCCCCCUCUUCCUUCUAAUACACAGAUACCAUCGUCAACAUCUAGAAAUCUCAUACAUAACACUAGUCUACAUCGUAUAGAUAAUAUUUAUUCAAGUCGAGCUUCAAUACAGAGAGCUCGUACACGCAGCGACAGUGUACAUUUUCCUACAAAUAAAUUCCCUAAUGAAUGCGCUAUUUUAGCAAAAACAAAAGAAGUAACAUUGGAAAAUCACUCAAUAAAAAAACAACCUAUUGAAAUUCGUGUUCAAUGUAUUUUUUCACGUGUCGGCGAAAUCGAUACACUGAACGAACGAUAUACAGCUGAAUUGUUUUUCGAGGCUUCAUGGUAUGAUGAAAGUCAAAAAAUUGGAACAGAAUAUGAUCCUCACGGCCAUUUCAAUCCUCAAUUAGUUGUCUUGAAUCAUCUUGGAGAUUCUUUAAAACAUGAAAAAUGGCAUUCAAUCACUAAAAUCACUGCAGAUGAUAUUGUUGAAAUAACCGAACAUCAUAAAAUCCGUGGCGUUUUCUGGGAACGCAUGGAAUUAAAUCAUUUUCCAUACGAUGUACAAGAACUAUCUCUAUCAAUAACCACACCAUUAACAACACACGAUAUAUAUUUUAUACAAAAUAAAGAAAAAUUAUCCGGUGUUAAUCGGAUUGUAUUUAGUGAUGAACAAUCAUGGCAUUUGUAUGAACAUGUUGAAUUUACAUAUGAACAACAUUGCGAAGAAUAUUCUUUGAAUCAAAACCAAGUACAUCCUGUUGUUGUUUGUACAUGUCAUGUUGGGCGAAAAUGUGGUUACUACAUAUGGAAUGCAUACUUUUUAAUUUUUCUAAUUACAUCGGCAGCUCUUUGUACAUUUGCAAUUCCACCAUCGAAUACUCAAGGACGUCUACAAAUAACAUGUACUCUUCUAUUAACAUCUGUGACAUUUCGUUGGGUUGUUAAUAAAUCACUUCCGCCAAUAUCAUAUCUAACAGCAUUGGAUGUUUAUGCAAUAUCGUCAAUUGUUGCGUUGUGCAUUAUAAAUGUCUUUCAUGGUGUAAUCAGUUAUUUUUAUUACACUCAAAUAUAUUUAGCUUCAUCUCAACCAUCACUUACGCCACACGCAAUUAAUCUUUCACUCUAUCCAGAAUAUUCUCUUUGUCGUUUGGAUCGUUAUGCAUUUUUCAUAUUUUGUUCAUCGUUUUUUCUCUAUCAAAUAUUAAUUCUUUUAUGCACACUGUGGGUACCUUAUAGACGACGACUCGCAAUGAGUCGUAAAGAUGAAGAAAUUAGAACAGAAUUAAUCCAUAAAACUACAUUGGACCAGAUAAAAUAA